UUUUAACAAACAUGGCGGCAAAAUUGUCGUAACGAUUUUUACCAGUACGGAAGAAAACUCUGCGUUUCGGUGGGCUUCCACGCCCUGCAUCUUACCUAUAGUUCAGCGCUAGAGAUUCUCAGAAGCCGCGAUGGAUUCCGUAGUAGGAGAGGAUCCAACCUUGCCGCUAGAUUUUAACCACAGCACAAAUCUGACCAGCCUCCCAGACAACACCAUGGAUGGCAGUCAGCAGCAAUCGUUGCGGAACGUGAGCAGUGGGCGCAUGUCACCGGUCCGACCCCGUACCAUGAGGGACUACGAAGAGCAAAUAGCAGAACUGAAGAAAGAAAACUUCAGCCUGAAGCUGAGGAUCUAUUUCAUGGAAGAGCGCAUGCAACACGGAGAGGAGGAGGACAUCGAAAAAACUAAUAUUGAGCUGAAGGUUGAAGUGGAAAGUUUGAAAAAAGAGCUACACGACAAACAAGAGCUUCUAGUUAAAGCAUCACAAGCAGUAGAAACCCUAGCAGCGCAGAACGAUGCUGCGGUGCAGCAGGUUCGGCAGGACCAUGGCAGGGAGCUGCAGCAGCUGCGCGACCAGUAUGAGUCCAGACUCACCUCUGCUCAGGAGGAGAACACUCUUCAGAAAAGAGUUGAUGAGGAGACGGAAGGGAAGAUCCGUGACCUUGAGGCAGCCAACCAGGAACUCCAGAACAAGCUGCGCGACCUUGAGAAGGUCAAACAGGACAAGAAGAACCUCCAGGACUCGUCUAAGGAAGCUCUACAAGACAAGAACAGGGUGAUAGACCAGUUGAACCACGCCCUGCGCACCAAGGACCAACUCAUCCAGCAGCUCAACCAGGACAAGUCUGACCUUGUGGCAGACAAGGUCAAACCUCUGGAGGCUCAGGUCCAGAGUCUGACACAGGAGCUCAAGGACAAGGAGGGCAACAUGCAGGACGACAUCAACAGAUACCAGCAACAAGUGGAGGUCAGCAAAAAGAACAAUCAGGAAAUCCAGGCCCUUCUUGAGGACCAGCAGAGGAAGCUGGAUGAGUAUGAGAUCGCUGCCGGCCAGAUGACCCGCGACCACGACAAGAAAGAGAAGGAAAUCAAGGAGUUAGAGAGGCUUGUUUUGGAGGCUGAGGAUGAGAAUGAGGAGCUAAAAAGGAAGCUACAAGACAAGGAAUCUGACGUGAAACUCCAGGAGCAAAAUGCACUCAAAAGGGACAAAGCCAUCCAGGGUCUGUCAGAGGCCAUUCACAACAAGAGCAAAGAGCGAUUAAAGAAGGGCCUGAGAAAAAAGGAGCAGGAGAUAGACCAGCUCCAGCAGGCAGCCCAGGAGGCGGACGACCAGGCAGACGAGGCCCUCAGGGACAAGGACAGGCAGCUCCGAGACCUGCAGAAGCAGCUGAAGGACUCCAAGUCAAAAGCAAACUCAGAUCGAGAGAACCUAACCCAACAACACAAGACCCAGUUGGAGGAAACACAGCGACAACUACAGAGCAAAGAGCAGAUCAUCCAGAGAUUGUCGGCCAGCAUCCAGGAGAAGGACAGGGUCAUCCAGGAGUACAUGCAGAUGGCUCAGGAACAGGAGAACUCACGGGAUCCCUACUCAGAGAACAAGGACAGCAUCAUCCAGCGUCUGAGAGAGAGGCUAAAGGAGAGGGACAAGGCUGUGGAGGAUGCAAUAGAGGAGAAGUUCCGCACGUUGGAAGCGAAAGAAAACGAGCUGCGUCACCUGCGGGUCAGCCUGCGGGAACGGGAGAGGGAGCUGGAGCGAGCCAACUCUCUCCUCGCUGGCAACGAGGAAACCAUCAAUAACCUGGAUGGUAUAAUCAAAGAGAAGGAUGUGGAACUGAGACAACUUCUGAACCAACUCAAGAGCCAGCAACGCACCAAUGCUGCCACAGCCGAGGAACAUGCCAGAGCCCUGUUGGAGAAAGAAGCUCUGAUAGAACAGCUACAGCAGGCCCUCAGCAGUAGGGACAAGGACAUUAAGAAGUUGAGCCAGUCUCUACAGAGCAGUCCCCAGUCCAAACCCAGAGUGGAUGCCAUGAUACAGGAGCUCAAAGACAAGCUGGAUGAGAGGGACAGAAUGUUACAGGAGGUUAUGGAGGAGAGACGUAGAGCGUCGUCAGAUGGCCACGCCCACACGCAAAGGCUUCUGGGUACUAUCAAAGACAAAGAUAACAUGCUAAAGGAGGCCAAUGAGAGAUACAACCAAGUGGUGUCUGAGAAAAAUGGAGAAAUCCAAAAACUUCAGCAGAGACUCAACAACAGAGAAGCGGAACUCCAGAGCCUGACCAGUGCUCGAGACUGGACAGAACAGGAGCAGAAUAAACUGCUGGAGAAGAUGAGGGCUGCUCUCAGUGAUAAAGACAGGACCAUCGAGACCUUAGUGGAAAAUGCGAGGGAAAAGGACAAGCUGUUGUCGCAGCUGCAGAUGUCUGGUCCCUCGCACCUGGCAGACACGGUCAGACAGCUGAAGGAUGACAUCAGGAAGAAAGACGAACUGAUUGACCGUCUGCAGUCGUCCAGUACGUCGGGCUACGUGUCCACUGAGGAUGACCCUUACGUCCAGUCCCUCCGCAAGGAGCUGGCCAGUAAAGCCAGGCUUCUGUCAGAGACCACUGCUGCUCUGCAGUCCUUGCGGGACCAGAAGCCAGCCCAGGGGGACCUCCAGCAGCAGAUGGCACAGCAGGCACAGGCCCUCAACAAUGCCCUUAAAGCAGAGAAGCAAGCCAAGCUGGAAUUGGCCAAAGUACGUAGAAAAGCUCAGGAACAGGAGGAAGACCUGGGCACUAAACAGGAGAACAUCGACGCACUUAUAGAUGCAGUCAGGGCUAAGGACAGUAUCAUCAAGGAUCUUGAGAGGAACCAGUUGUCUUCCAGGCAAUCCCAGCGAGGGGACCAAUCACCGAAGGCCAAGCAACAGCUUCAGAGGGGCCUUCAGGACCAGCUAGAGGAGACCAAGAAGUUGAACGAGCUCCUUGACUCAGAGCGGAGAAUCUACCAGGACCUCAUCAAGUCUUACAGGGAUGAGCUGGGAGCCACAAGAGAUUCUCAGAGUCGAGCGUUGGACAUCGAGCUAGCAGCCGUUCAGACACUGCGCAGACAGCUGGAAGACUAUGUCAGGAGGAACAGUGAGCUACGGGCGGAACUGGAGAGGAACAUCAACCAGGCAGCACAGCAAGUGUUGGAGGCAACAGAUUCACUACGAGAUCGUCCACGAGUCCAGACCUGGAACGCCGCUCUACAGACGAGUAUCGACGACCUGAGGCCACAGUUUGAGAAGAACAUACAGACCAGUCCGCUCACCCGCUCCACCGACAUCGAGAUCUCCCUCCCCAGUCCUCUGGACGCACUGAGCGUCUCCGAGUUCUCCACGGCCGAGCUGAAGAGCGAGGUGGCUCGCCUGAGGGGGCAGCUGCGCAGGAUGCAGGCGAUAAACGAUGACUUACAGGCGCGCUUGAACGGCGCCAUCAGCGAGCAGGUCCGAUCCAUCCCACUCGGGGAAAACGUCGCAGAGCAACAGACUCUCCCCAAACUUGCCAAAGAGGUAGAAAGACUAGAAGCCGAGCUAGACGACGCACAGAAAGAAAACCAAGCUUUGCAGGAAGAAUUAGAGACUGUAAGAGGAAUGACGCCUAUAGCGGAGAAGGGGCUUUUGACAGAAGUGCAGCAGCAGCUGGAGGACGCAAUAAUGCAGCUGGAGAAGAGCGAAGACGACAAGCAGGCGCUAGAGAAGCAGCUGAAGCUGCGAUCGCCCAGCCCGUACCAGGCGCAGAUCAAACAACUGGAGAACAAAGUCAUGGAGCUCAUUGAGGAAAACGAACAGCUCAUGAAGGAGUCACCUGGAAGCAGGUCAGACGAAGAGGUGGACGCCAUGUCGGAGAAGGACCUACGUAUGGAGGUUAAAGGUCUUAAAGACCGUCUUAAAGCUUCAGAGAACCUCGUGGACCUGCUCAAGAAACAGCUAGAGAUGAAUUCCGAUCCCGAGAGCGAUACUCCGGGAUUCAAUCCCGAGCUAAUCGUGCAGCUUGCAGAGGAGAUCGAGAGACUGAAAGGGCAACUUGAACAGGUGCAGGGGAAUCGAGGCGACGUACAUGUAAGAGACAAGGAGGAAGAAUCCUCUGACACCUCCUCUCAACUGCCUCGGAAGAGCAGGCUGCCCGUACUACAGAAGGGAGUGACAACUCACAACGCUAACGCAUCCUUGAGACAGCAGAUCGAACAGUUAAAGACGUCUGAGAAGGAACUCAAGCUUCUGAACAGAAGACUACAGGAGAAGCUUACGGCCACGGAGGGCACGGUGCGUGCACAAGCGCAGAAACUUAAAUCGUACCGAAAAAUGCUGGAAGACGCAGGACUGGUCAAGAAGAUUCCGCGCAAGGCGCAGAGCGACUCCAACAUUCCCUUGAGCCUCCAGAGGUUCCAGAGUCGCUAUGCGUCCCAGGAGGGGCUGGACGAUUCGCUGCUGUCGCCGGGGAUCUCUCCGGCGGCGUCUCCGAUGACGCGGUCGCCGGCCACGAGCCUGCUGAGUCUGGAGACCCUGCAGGAGUACGGGAACACGGACAACGUGGACGAGCUGAAACAACAGGUCGCACAGCUCAAACAGAGGCUGGAGAAAUCACGACGUAUGAUCAGGGGGAUGCAGUCUCGGAUGCGGGGCCGAUCGGACGGCCAGCUCACGCCAAACCGCUCGCUUGCACGCUCCUUGGAGACGCUGUCCGAGCCCUCGACCAAUCAGGACGCCUUCGAGAAGCUUCGGCAGCAGGUGGAGGAUCUGAGACAGCAGCUGAAGGAGAGCAACGACCUGAACAAGACUCUCGCUGACCAGCUGUCAGUGUCACCGCAGAAGGACUCCCUGGUGCAGGCGCAGGCCAGGGAGCUGUCACAGCUGCGCAAACAGCUGCGGGACAGCCGGGAGAUGUGCCACCUGCUGCGGGCGCGGCUGGAGGAGCUGAGCCGCACGUUGGAGCACUUGCUGUCUGCCAGCGAGGGGGGGGACCCUGAGCUGUUGAACCUGACUCAGCAGGAGGCAGAGGGGGUGAUGGCAGAACUGGAGCGGAGCAUGCAUCUGGCCAGAACACUGAAGGACAGACUGGACGAUAAUGCCAGCUCUGCGUCUGAUGACUCCUCGCUGCGGAGCCUGAAGGACCAGUACCAGCAGAGUCUGCAGGCCAAUCAGGCGCUGCGACUACAGCUGCAGGAUCAACUCAUGCAGCUGCAGGACAGACCCAGCCCCACACCCCUGAAGCAGGAGAUAGCUGAGCUGAGGUCAGCCCUGGAGGAGCAGCAGGACCAGUACCAGCACCUGAAGCAGGUGAACCAGCAGCUGCAGGGACAGGUGGCUGACGCCCAGCACCUGCGACGCCAGUUGGCUGAAAACCAGCGCACAGCUAUGGAGCUGAAGGAUGAGUUAGAGAGAGCAACCAAGGAUGCUAAAGAGAAGAACAACAUCAUCAGCCGCCUGCGGUCCCAGCUACGCAGAACGCGGCCCGUCGGCUCCACCUUCCCGCCGUCAGCCUCGGACCAGGCCAGCACCGGCUGGGACAGCGACCAGUCCAACCAGGAGGCUUCUGACGACCUCAGCGGCACGCACAGGGUCGGCAGCGGCCGCUCAGCCAACCACGGCUCACAGACCGUCAGCGGGAGUGACGACAAUCUGGGGGAACAGCCGCGGCAGAGGGCGUAUCCUCCCAACGGGGGUGAUGAGUACUCCUUGGAACAGCCUGGGCGAAACAAUCCCGCUUCGAGCGAGGACAAUUUUAUGUUUGCUCCCAGGGAGAAAGUUCUCCCUCCCAGCAUUCACAGCAGUAAGGACGACAUUACCGGGCGCACCCGUCUCCACGACAACAGAGGAUACUCCUCCGACGAGGAGUCGACGACCAGCACGAACACCUUCACCUCCGUUUCGCGCCACGAGUCGGACCAUCCCGAAGACAGUGAGCAGGACAACGAGAGAGGGAUGUAUCCGUCGCGCCAACUCCCGUCAAAGUUCUUACAGGCGUCCGCCGGACACGGGUCUACGACGACGGUUUCCAGCAAGUCCACGGGAACGUUCCGGGAGAUGGAGCUGCUGCAGAACCGCCUGCGCGCCAGCGACCAGAUCAACCGCUCACUGCGCGCCGAGCUGGACACCUACAAGAAGCUACGGGAGAGCACGGAGACGAUCAACAGCCACGGGUCGGCCUCCACGACGUCGGGUUUCCAUGGCGAUGGAAGGGGGCGGGACCUGCUGGAGGAACACCUGGCUGAGCUGCGGGCGUUGAGAGCGAGGCUGGAGGAUUCGCUGAGCUCCAACGAGCAGCUGAGACAGGAGUUAGAGGACAAAAUCUCCAGCAUGAGCAACAGAGGAGGCCAGACCAACAUCUACGUCCACAGUAACUCCGGCGUGGACCAUCAGGACUUCCCCGAUAACGACCUGCACGGCUCGCACAUGUCCGACAAACUCUCGCUACUCUCCGAUAAAACCACCCAGGUGGACCGCCUGCAGGCUGAACUGGACCAGAAACACCAGAUCAAUGAGAAACUAAAGGCUGACAUGUCCCGGCUGCAAACCCAGCUGACAGAGAAGGACAAGCAGAACCAGCAGGUCCAGGCAGACAACACCCGCCUCCAGACAGACAUGUCCAAACUCCAGAAGCAGCUGGCCGAGCGGGACAGGCAGGUGCAGAAGACGCAGGCCGAGUUCACGCAGCUGCAGGCGGACCUGGCGCGGCUGCGGGGACAGCUGCAGACGGACGUGUCGCAGCUGCAGAACCAGCUGGCAGACAGGGAGAAGCAGGAGCAGAUCCUGCAGACGGAGGUGGAGAGUCUGGGCGCCGAGCUGGCCAACAGGGACAUGGAGAACGACAAGGUGUCCGCGGAACUGAACAAGGCCAAGAAGGAGAUCAGCAGACUGCGGCAGGAGUUGUCCAGACUACAGGACCAGCUGGAAGAACACCAGCAGGUGGCCGACUCCUUGCGGCUGGAGCUCAGGCUGUACGAGAAGCUGUACAAGAAAGCGCAGACAGCUGAGGCAGGUGUGAACGGGUUCAACAGUAGCGACGGUACAGGCGGGAGGGACGCCAUGGCCGGUCUGGACCUGUCCGCACUACUGGAGGAGAUGCGCAGACUGAGAGAACAGGUGGAGAAGUUACACAUCAGUAACAGCGCCCUCCGGCGGAAAGUGAAGGAACUGCUGGGGAAGGAGGAGAGCCCCACAGUCAUUAACAUCAACCACCACCACGGGCACAGGAGCCCUGCACAGAGGGCACUCUUCCAGGGGGGACAGGGAGAUGCCUCGCCCUCUGACGUUCACCUGUCGGGUCCGUACACGACAGACUCCGCCCACUCCUCACCCGCCAAUCAUCCGCGCCUGAAGACCAGCCCGCUGACGGGACACCUGGCUCGAUACGCCUCGCUCCCUGUCCUGGACAAGGACGACAUCGACCUCUUCUCCAUGCAAGGAGUGUCUCCGCUAUCCACGGCUGACAUUGACAUCCGUUACCGGUACGUGGUGGGGCGGAUAGAAGACUACGACGCCCUGAGACACCAGGUGAACGACAGCCGACUGGCCGUACGCGGCGUGCAGUCCCGUGUCAAGGAUCGCUUGAAGGCACUAAAGAAGGCACUAGACUCUACACAGCCCGGGGACCAGAAGCCGCUUGAGGACACCCUGAGUUCCCUCCACCUCCUACAUGACCACCUGGAGGAGUGUAGCCGGCUGCUGAAGCUGUUCUGGAAAGCCCGGGACCCAGGCUCUGUUCCCACCUCUACUGGUAGUGGUGGGGAUGGCACAGCUAUUGUGUUUCUGGAGAACCAGAACUUGAAAGACGAGAUCACCAACCUGAGGAAACGGUUAAUGUCUCAGGAGAAGGUCAUGAGGUCUGCUCUUCACAAACUGGAGAGAACCAAUAGGCUGAAACAGGGCAUGGAAGAAGCACUGGUGAAACAAUUGUCUAAAACCCACCAUGUCCUACGACAAGCAAGGGGAAAUUUGGAGGUAAUUAUACAUUUUUGUAAAGCUUAA